UACAGCUCAGGAAAAAUAAAAGACUUGUAUUCCAAGAUCAGUGCACAAACGUUUUUCAUGAACACUGUAUUUUCUCAUGGUUGUUUAGUUUGUCUGAAUGGCACAAAUUACAAAAGUAUUCAUGUUGUCCUAUAGGUGCGACAUGACCCCUGAGCAAGAGUGCAGGUGUCCACAUCAUAGUCUCUGUAAGCCCUGUAAAGCCACAAUAAACACACAUAUAGACAGGUUGAAUGAGUUAAAGGAAAAAGCAGCACACUUUUCUGGCAAACCAAACAAAGUGCUGCAAAAGUAAACUACAAAUUCCACUGUUACAGGUGCUCAAACCUUUUGCACCAAUAAUACCUUCAUAGGGCAGAGGGCUCACAUUCACUAACAUGCACACCACAACAACUAUCCAAAACAAAAUAACCGAGAGGCUCCAUAAUGACUCACAGAGAGGGAGUGUGACAUCAGUCUCUGCUCAGGACUUCUUUACUAUGCCUUUACAUAGAUUUACAUCUUUCCACUGAAAUAUAGUGUGGUAUAAUUAUUUCGUACCUUGUUUGCCUGGAGGCCUUUUGAAUCCAAUUUGAAUGAGAGAGAGUGAGCGGACAGAGGUCAAUGAUGGCAGAAGCCUAAAUAAAAGCUGUUAUUUACAGUUCAAAUUAAGCUGCCAUGUGGUUUAUGCUCAAUCUCCAUGCAGCUUGUAUGUCGCCUGAGAGGCAAAAUAGAGUUUGUUUUUUUUUAAUAAUUCACGCUGGCAUUGUAACAUUUUGCCAACUCAGAGCUUUUUCCAAAUGUUGGCAGUUGGAUAUUCAGUGGACCCAGUCAAGUCACAGUUGUUUACAAAAUCUAUAUUUUCUCUCUCAUCCACUGCUGUCACAAACAUAGAUCUGGAAUUCCUUUCAACAUUUCCUUCACCUGUCACUGUUGGAUCAGGGAUUUUUUCCAUGUGUCCACUGGGAGGAGCUUUGUGAGAAUCUCAUGAGGUGUGGGAGGUUGGACUAUAAAAGCCAAGCUUUGGAAGAGUUCACACAUCUGCUCUGAUUCUGUCCUGACAGGUUUGAUUAAAAACAUCUGGGUUUUUUUGUUUUUUUGGUUGUUUUUUUUUUUAAUAAUUUGGGUUCACAAUGAAGGUUUUUGGAGUUCUGGUCCUCCUGGCGACUCUGUCUGCAGCAUAUGGGUUGAGAUGCUACGUUUGUGCUCUCGCCAAACCAAACUCCUGCACAGACGUCAUGACAUGCCCUGCCGGCUUGGACCGUUGUGCCAAUGUUGUCACGGGUGAUCUCGUCACACGGAGCUGCUACACCAGUGCUGCAUGUUUAAGCGCCGCCAACUGCUGUUCAACUGACUUGUGUAACGGCGCCAUUACUGCUGGCUCCAGUGUGCUCCUCCUGCUGGUGUCCUCAGCCAUCACCUCACUCUUUCUCUGAAGCUCUGGAGAACAUUUGAUUUUUUUUUUUCUUUCUAGUUUCAGUUAGUUUCUGUAUGCACGAGUAACAUUAAUCUAAAUUCUGCAUUUAUUUCUUCAGAAUUUGCUUUCUAAUUUACAAGAUAACUGCGUGUGAAGUUUGAGUAUUUCUAACUUUGGCACCACCUGGUAGUUGAGUUAUCUAUGUUUUCUAUGUAGUGGUUUUUAAGAUAAUUGGGUUUUUUUUCUGAAGGUUUCUUUAUGAUUUAUAAUAAUCAUUAGAUGUUGUAUGAUAUGACAUCAACCUCUGUUAUUCAGCUUUGUUGUGUUUAUACAACCAUGCCUGAUGAUGAUGAUCAUGUCUGUUAGAAAACACUGUUCAAUUAAAGUUGCUGAGA